GCUUUGUUCCUUCUUGUCUAUGGUUAUUCCCCUGUCCUAGGCCUUCCAGAACUGAUGGGAAAAGUUGACCAAAUCCACCCUCUCCCAAAGAACGGACCGGACAUAAGAGAUGCCACUUUUAACCUCUGCAGCACUCCAGGCUACAUAAUAAAAUCUGUGGGAAGGGGCUGCGGACAACACAGUGGGAGGCACCUCAUGCCCUGGCUACAGGAAGCAGUCACGUGUGCACCCUUUAUCAGACCCUGUCAUAUAAGCUCAUGGCACAAGCGGCCAGGAACUCCCUAGGCAAGGAUCAGCAAGCAAAGGCCAUGAUGAUUGCAAUGUUGCUGAGUUGUGUCCUGCUGCUGGCACUGCCUCCCACAUUGGGGGUCCAGAUGGGCGUGACACCACUGAAGGGCAUCAGAAGGCCUGACCAGGCUCUGUUCUCUGAGUUCCCAGGUUUAAGUCUGAACGGCCUGAAGAAGACAACUGCAGACCGAGCAGAAGAAGUUCUGCUGCAGAAGGCAGAAGCUUUGGCGGAGGUGCUAGACCCACAGAACCGCGAGUCUCGUUCUCCGCGUCGCUGUGUAAGGCUGCAAGAGUCCUGCUUGGGACAGCAGGUACCUUGCUGCGACCCGUGCGCCACCUGCUACUGCCGCUUCUUCAAUGCCUUUUGCUACUGCCGCAAGCUGGGUACGGCCACGAACCUCUGCAGUCGCACCUAGCCAACGGAUGUUGGGCAAAGGCAGGGGACGCGAAUAAAGGAUGGGACUAACACUAAAGCUGUGGUUAUUUCAAACGUGGCUGUCAAAGGGUUGUUGGCUCGCUGAUGGGUAGGGUGCGUCGUCAUGCUGGAACUACACACACUAUAACCUGAGGGUCUAGGCUACCCCAACAUCUUUGCCACAUACAUAGGCGAUUUUAAGGCACCAGGCCCCUUUGGAGAAAGCAGGAGGCCACUAGUCCUAGAGAACUAGUGCAACAAAUGCAGAGGAAACAGGCGCAGUGUGGCUUACCGGGUCUAGCUAGAGGAAAGACAUUUGGCUCCGAAACUCUCCCCUUCUCUCACUAGACCUCGGUUUCCGUCUGGUAGGAGACAGCUUCGACAGCAUAAGGAACAGCACACACACGCUCAGC